AUGGUAAUGAGAGGGCAUUGGAAUGUCAACGGUAGCCCAGGUGGAGACAAAGUGGAGGACCUCUUCUCGAAGAGGAAUAGGACAGUCACAGAACAAAUAUUUGACGAGUGGCGAUACACAAGCCGUGGCCCACACACAAUAGAGUUGGAUGGUGCGUGACGCUGUCAGAAAGAGAACAAAACCUUAAUUAGAGGUAUGAGAACCAAUAUGGAAAAUGGUGGUUUGGAGCUUGUGGUCCAAAUUAAAGUAAUAAUUCCAAGACUAAAGAGACCUUGCGUAACGUGUACAGCGCUUGGGGCGAUCCUCGGUCGUGACGGCGAGAAAAAGAAAAACUCCAAUGGGCAAUUAACCCCCGGGACAAGAACGCUCUCUGUAGAUCAAACAAUGUACUCGCUAAUCGCUUCUAUUUAG